AUGCCUCCUUUCGUGUUCAUCGACAAGCCAUCUGUAGAGGACGAAUCCGUGCGCCUUCGCAAGGAGUUUGCGACCCUCGUUGACAAGCUGGACGCAACAAUCAAGACCAUUCCGGAUGACAGACCAGAGUUGAUGCAAGAGAAGCGGGACUGGAAUGCGCAAUGGGAUGCGUUAUCUGCUGCGUUCAGUGCUUGCUUUGCUGCUGCGCAGAAGCGAGGGUUGCAGCUGUCCUUGUCCACAGCUGAUACCACUUUGGUGAAGAGCGGCAAUGUGACCUACGCAAUGCAUGAGUGUCAAUUCGCGGAGAAGUUGCAGGACGAUGCGGAGAAAAUGGACGUGGUUUUGGGCGAUGCUGGGGGUGGGGAGGAGGAUGCGGAUGGGGAGCCUGAGGUUGCGAGCGCCACAGUGGUGACGUCUGCCAAACGUGCGCGUAAGGCGAAGAAGCCCGCAGAAGCUGAUGAGCCACGCGUGUCGAAAUCUGGUGCUCGUGCGGUCGUCCCGGGUGCUAAGGUUGACCACGUUCUUCCUUGUGGCAAUUGCAAGAGGCGUGACCAGCCUUGCAGUGGUUCGCGGGGUCAGCAAUGCGAUCCCUGUAAGGUUGCGAGGACCAAAUGCGAGUACGCGUCCUUUGGGAAGGCAUCCACUAAGAAGGCCCCGUCCGCAACUCCUGUUGCUGGUGGAUCUCGCCUAUCCGCGCCUGGUUCCAUUCGUCGUACCGUCUCCUCUCCGGAACGCCAGAUACUCGAGGUCUCUGAUAGUGAGGGAAAGAAGCUGGCAGUAGAGGACGAUGUUGGUGAUGCGGAGGAUCUGGAGGAGUUGCACGAGAUGCGCCAGGUGCGUGCGCAGCUCAUGCAAGCCUAUAGCAUGAUCUUCGAGGCCACCCUUGCGCUCGACAAGCAGGAGCAGCGCAUCCUCAAGAAGCGUGCUGCCCGCAAGUAA